GAUGUCACAAGGCAAAGAUGACUUUGGCAUCUAUGAGAACUGUGAUUUCACCAAGGAGAUGGAGUUGGAGGAGCGAGAGCGGAGGAAAGCGCCUAAAGGAGCCUUGUCUCCGGAGAGAGCCAUCGCGCUGCUGUACAUGCUUCUGGCCCUCACCUUUGUGCUUUUCAUGGCUCUCACCAUUGUGAAUCUCCGGAGAGUAUCUGCGGCGUGGGAGGUGUUGGAACAAGCCCGGAUGCGGAGCGAGAACAGCCACACGACGGUGUGGCACAACCUCUCAGAGGUCCAGCGCACCCUUGAUAAACAGCUCUCUGGCGUGCUCAAGACGAUUCACGGCCGACUUCUGAACGUGUCGCAAGAAGUGGAGAACGUGCGGCGGAAGACGACACGGUGCAAAGCGGAGUGCGGGAAUGAGCUGUCGGAUCGCCUCCGCGUCCUGGAGGAGAGGAACGCGCUGGAGCCGGUGCUGCGGCAGCUGGCGGAGGUGAAGCAGGAGCAGAGCCGCGCGUCGGCGCUCCUUGACACGGCGCUGGAGCAGACGCGCAACCUCUCAGAAAUUCUCUGCACGAAGUGUCCCGCCGGCUGGCAGCAGUUCGCCAAAACCUGCUAUUUCUUCUCCACCACCAAUCAACCCUGGCUGGCUGCUAAACGCUCCUGCAACGACUUCAACGCCCAUCUGGCCAUAGUCGACACUGAGCAGGAAAACGUAAGCUGA